AUGGCCUGCCUAGUCAUCGGAGGUCUCCUGGGCUGGUCCCUCCUGCACCUCAUGACCCCGAAUGCAAAAGACCUCGACCGCACUCCACUAAUAGUGGUCCUCGCAGUGCACCUCGUCCGGACACUGGUCGUGAUCUGCAUGAGCGGCCGCGACUCCAACCACAUCGCCUACAAAACAGUCCCCAAAGACCCCCACUGGCUGUUCGUCGGACCCCAGUUCCACGCACUGCACCACCUCGACCCCGACCGCUACAUGAGCUCGGUGGUCAAGCUCUUCGACUGGGCAGCAGGCACAGCCUACACCCUGCGCAACAAAAACGUCGCCAUCACCGGCGGCUCCGGGGCCUUUGGCACCGCAAUCCAGCAGCAGCUCCGCUCCGAAGGAGUCAGACACAUACGGGCGUUGAAGUUCGGCACGCACUGGACGCACCAUGACUUCAGCCGUGUCGGAUCAGCCCUGGACGAGGCCGACAUCCUCAUCCUGGCCCACGGCACCAAAGGCCCGGACGCCAUGGAGGCGAACUGCGGCUCCGCCAUCCGUCUGAUUGAGCUCUUCAUGGAGCGGAGAGGGCGUCGACAAGGCCGCACCGCGAAGACGCUGCCGGAGAUCUGGCAUAUAGUGCCCGCCGCUUUCGACUCGCCUAUGGUUUGUUUGUUGGGUUCGUCCGGACUUGGAUAG